AGGAUUCCCCUAGAACAAUUUCUUUGAAUGAAACUCCCAAAUAAAUUUUCCGGUGGUCAAUAAUUCGUAAGUUACAUAAUAAUAGUAUAAAUUUUUAAUUUAAGAACCUUGGAUUGGAGCCAAUGACAGCCAAGUUUUAAAUAAAUAAACACGGCCUAGAAUACUUUAUUCUUGUAUAAUCUCUAAUGACAUUUGAACACUAAAGAUCAACAAAAUUUUUUAGUCUUCUCAAAGAUCUUCAACAAAACAACUUCCCAAAUGAAUAUUUAUUCAUUAAUUUUCCUUUUUUUAACAAUUACUUCGCUAGUUUUCGAAAUAAAUGGACUGACUAGUGUAGCGCGGGCCGUCGCGGGCCAACAAGCGACGUUACUUUGUCGCAGCAAUGACGACAAUCAUCGUUUCAUGUUUUGGAAAGUAAUUGAUAACAAUAACAAUAUCGUCGGUCCGGACAGUUUUUUUGAUACUGACAAGUAUAAUUACCAAGUAUUGACCGGAAAAUUAUUUAUUUGGAGCGUAUCAACGCGAGAAUCUGGAUUUUAUCACUGUGUAUCUCGAAAUAUAAGCAACCAUUCAAAAUUUAACGUCCAUACCGUGGAGUUAAUAGUUCAAAAAAAUGACUAUUAUUGGGAAAGUCAAUUUGAAGUUAAUCUUUUACGGACCCUGAUGGUUAUAAUGGUUAUUGUUGUCAGUAUUGCGGUUUAUUUAUUAGUAACUACCGGAAAAAAAGAUGAAUUAAGGCCAAUGAAUUAUUGUAAAGACAUACCAAAAAUAAAACUUUCUUCGUCAAGAUCAGAUGGUCCGGGAACAAGUGGAUUUUCAAAAGGAUACAAACCGUUUCAUGAAGAUGAAUUACCUUAGAAUUUGUAAUAUUUUUAAUAAUAAAUAAGUUAAGCUAAAAAACUGCUCGAUUUAUUUUUAGGUUUUGAAAAUAAAAAUAA